AUGGAGGAUUUGUCGGUCGAGGUGUACGGUGAAAAUGGUGCUUAUUAUAAGGCCAUUGUCACCGACGUGCUCGACAACGAGGUUCUAGUAACCUUUGAAAAUGACUGGCAGCCGGAAUCGAAGUUUCCAUUCUCUCAAGUGUUCUUACCACCGAAAGAUGCCGGCAAACACACAGAGUUCGUGGAAAACCAGGAAGUUGAGGUUUUCGCGAGAUCAAAUGAAAAGGAAGCAUGCGGAUGGUGGACGGCAAAUAUAAAGAUGAUGCGGGGCGAUUUUCUAGUGAUAGAGUAUCUGGAGUGGGACAACUGCUACACGGAGAUCGUGCCGAAGGAGCGUCUAAGAGUGAAGACGCCAAAGACCCCCAUCGACAAGAACACCUUCCACAAGUUCGAAAUCCCCGUACCCGAUGAUCUCAAGGAAUACGCGAAGGUGGAGAACGCGCACAAGGAGUUCCAGAAGGCGAUCGGCGCGGCGCUCGUGUGGUUCGUGCCGGAGCGGGGCGCGCUGGCCGUCAUCUCGCGCUGCGACUCCUCGCAGCGGCGCGCCGGCAUGCUGCAGGAGAUGCACUUCAGAAACUUAACACAGAAGCUGCUAUUGUUAAAAAAAACUGAAGAGGCAGCUAGACAGUUGGAAUCAACAAAAAUUCACAGUCAAGGAGGAUACUCUGACGAGUUCAGCGUGCGCGAGGAGCUGAUGGGGCUGGCGAUCGGCACGCACGGCGCCAACAUCCAGCAGGCGCGCAAGGUGCCGGGCGUCACCAACAUCGAGCUGGAGGAGGUCUCCUGCACUUUCAAGAUCUGCGGAGAGAGCGCGGAGGCGGUGCGGCGCGCCCGCUCGCUGCUGGAGUACGCCGAGGAGUCGAUCAUGGUGCCGCGCGCGCUCGUCGGCAAGGUCAUCGGCAAGAACGGCAAGGUCAUCCAGGAGAUCGUCGACAAGAGCGGCGUCGUGCGGGCGGGCGCCUGCGGGAAUUCUCAACAAAUCGAUACGAAGAGAAGUAGUUUGACAGUGAAGGUAGAGGGCGAUAACGAACCGCAGCCGUCGGCGCCACGCGAGGAGGGGAUGAUGUCCUUUGUAUUCGUAGGAACGCGCGAGAAUAUUGCCAACGCCAAGGUGUUGGUCGAGUACCAUGUAGCUCAUCUCAAGGAGGUGGAGCUGCUGCGCGCCGAGAAGCUCGAGAUCGACCAGCAGCUGCGCGUGGUGCUGGGUGGCGGGCCGGGCGGCGGCGGCUCGUACCCGUCGACGCGGGGCGCCCCCGCCGCGCGAGCGCGCCGCCCCCGCCCCCCGCCCCCCCGCUACCCGCCCGCCGCGCGCCGCCCCGCGGCCGAGGCGCGCGCGCCCCGCCCCGCGCGCUCGGGCGAGAGGCGCCCCCCGCCGCCGCUCGAGAACGGCCGCGCGCCGCACCCGCACCAGCACCAGCACCCGCGCCCGCCGCGCGAGCCCCGCGACAAUCGUGAGCCCCGCGAGCCCCGCGACCAGCGCGAGCCCCGCGAGCCCCGUGAGCCCCGCGAGCCGCGCGACCAGAGGGACGCCAGUGGGCGCAGACGCGAGGUGAGGGAGGAGCGGCGGCGGCCAGUAGACGACGACAGCUCUGUGCUCGACAGCCAGGAUGUGUCCAGCGCGGACAGAGAAUCGGCGUCGUCGGAGGAGGGCCGCGCUGCCACGGACGGCGGCGCGAGGCGGCGCCGGCGCCGGCGCACAGGUGGCGGGUGGAAGAACGGCGCCGGCGGGGCGGCGGGGGCGGGGGCGGGGGCGGCAGCGGCGGCGGGGGCGGGGGCGGCGGGCGGCGAGGGCGACAAGCGCAGCGGCAAGCGGCGCUCGCCCCUCGCCAAGGCGAAGGCCGAGCCGCUGGUGAACGGCACCGCU